GCUGGUUAACAGACAUGUACUGGCACAAAUUCAUCAUGAACGAAAGAAAAACAUAAAUAGAAGCGAAAUUCGUUGAAUUUUGAUUUGUUGUUAAUGGAAAUGGCGGCGAAAGAGCAAAACAUAAAAUAACAACACUGUCAAUGCCAUCUCUGUUAGUGGCAUUAAUAAAAAAUGCAAAAUAAGUUUUGUUAUUUUAAUAAAUAAAUAAAUUUUAUUUCAUAAACAAUUAUUAAACUAUAUUUGAACAACAAUACUAACACUCAUUUUUGGUUACUUAUGUUUUUGCUCUAAAAUACUCAUUACUUGCAUUACUCUCAACAUUAUACAUCACUAUUCAACUACAAACCGGAUUUGUGCAAACAACAAUAAUUUCCGUUUUGUAACCUCAAUUUUAAAUUUUGUGAAAACCGUUAUUAUCCAGUGGAAAAAAAUGAGUGAAAAUUGCUUGGACAAUAUGAAUAUGGAUAGCUCAGAUUUCGACAAUACAAAUCUGAACCACACAACCUACGACAACAAUACAAAUUUACUCAGCAACAGAACUUCUACAAAUUACGAGGAGCAGCAGAAGAGGAAACGUAGUUUGGUGUGGAAUUUCUUUGAGAAAGUGGGACUCAAAAGGGUGCGUUGUCGUAUUUGCAAUCAUGAACAGAACUAUCAGGGAACAACUGGUAAUAUAUUGAGACAUUUGAAAGCUCGACAUGAUUUGGAUGUAACUUUAAAAGGACAACAGGAUCCGCGUAAUAUGCAACGCAUUAAUGAAUUCAGUAACAUGUCUUUGCCCUUAGCAAGUGAAAUGAAUAUUGAUCGAAAACCUACGGUAUUGCCAAAAAUACGCAAGAAAUCAAUUAGUAGUGAUUCAUCCGAUACACUAGAUCCUUACAAUGACCAUGAAAAUAACACUAAACAAGAGAAUUUCGAAAAUGAUAAUAUGUUUUACGAAAGCAUGCCCGAACUGCAGGAAGACUGCUUAGAAGAACCCUUAAAUGUUAAGCUAGGUGAUCGUAAAACUGCUAAACGAAUUAAAUUGGAAGAGGAUCGUAUUGUAGCGGAAACGGAAUAUUUUCGAGAAAAAGCUGCCUAUUUUCGCAUGCAGAAACAUUUUACAGCUCUACAGGCUAAAAAGGUUAAAUUAGAAAUAGAGCAGAUUAAUUUAAAUAAUAAAAAUCUAUCUUAAAUCAAA